AUGCCAGCUGCUCUAGAAACUCAAGAUUUACUAUGCCCUUGUGAACUCCCAGGCUCUUCAAAUCUCACCAAAGAAACCCCACUAAUGAUGUAUGGAUGUGUCGGAGCAAUGCUGAAAAACAUAACUCCAAUAAGCUGGACAACAGGGUUUAAAUCCCUCUUGACUAUCCAUAAUGGUGCCGUAAUCUUAUUGGUGAAAGAUAGAACAGAUGAAAAGUAUUUAGAAGCGUUGAAAACAUACGAAGAGUGGAGCCAAUGCGACCCAAGCGAUUUGCUAUUCGAAACGUAUUCUAUGACAUGGUUUGAAAAAUUUGAUGAAAUUCAAAGUUCAGAAGGAAUAAAGUCCUUUACAUGUACCAUACAAGAUAACAUGCUUAUACUUUGCGGGGAAUUCCCUAAAAUCACUGUUAUGGUAGGGGAUUUGUUCGAAAAUUCUUUUAUAGUUUCAAACCAAAAUCUGAAUCUUGUGAUAGUGGGUGUUUUUGAUUGGUUUACGAAAAAUAUAGAAGCCCUUGUUAAGCAAGUGGCAAAUGAUAUUACAAAAGGAAUGGAGGAAGCCAGGUAUACCACUUACCUUUGUACUUCUUCUUUUAACAUGUACAUUUAUUCCAGGAAACUAUGCCUCUCUCAGUUAUCAAGCAUGGUUUUUCAACAGAAAAAGUUUAUGUCGUUGGUGAAGAAGAACCUUGAAAUAUUUGGUUUAGAAAACUGUGCUCCUUCCAUAAUUGUUAAUAACACUGUUGUAGAACGAAAUUUUGAAAGAUAUAUUACUAGUUUGUUUAUAAACUUACUAGAAAUGAAGGAAACACAGGAACGUAACCGAGCGAAGACUUUCAAGUCAUUAAAAGAAAUAGCAUUUCUUUUCUGGUUAUUAGUAAUACUUAUUUGUAUAGUAGCGCAUUUUGUUUUGCUGGACUAG